CCUUCUUUCUUUCUAUAAAAAUAUAUUUAUUUGUUUACUUUUUUUUUUAAUGAUGGUUAAUUCAUUAACGUUAAUUUGUAUAAUUGGAAUCAUUGUCUUUUUCGCUAUUACCGUUUUCUUAGUAUAUUUUACUACAAAUACAAUACAACUGUCAUCAAGUCAUUAUUCUGAAUUUAACAAUGGGUUAUUCUUAUUUGAUUCAGAAGAGUCUAUUACUUCUUUAACAGAAGAUGCAAGACUGAGUUAUGAAAGAGCGAAAAUUUGGCAAGAAAGGCAUCCACCAGAUAGUAUUCCAACUGAUAUUACACCACCUCAAUUUUUAUCUAUUCAGGAGAAAGGUGUCUCUGCGUUUGAAUUCGAAGGAGGAGAUCCGGAUACGAAUGUGUUUGUAGCAGGAAGAACUGAAUUACAGUUUGUAUAUGGUGAAUGCUGUAUACAAACAAAUCUUCCUUUACCUAGACAACAAGAAGUCUAUUACUGGGAGGCUAAAAUAUUUGAAAAGCCAGAAUCAACUACAAUAUCUGUGGGAGUAGCUACAAAACCUUAUCCAACUUGGAGAUUACCAGGCUGGAAUCGUUAUUCAAUCGGCUAUUUCUCAAAUAAUGGUUAUAAAUAUUUUUCUUCUCCCUUUAAUGGUAAGCCUUAUGGUAUCCCGUUUGAUAGAGGUGAUACCAUUGGUGUUGGAUACAAACAUAGAACAGGCUCUAUCUUUUUCACUCGUAAUGGUAAAAGGUUAGAGGAUGCUUAUACUGGCUUACGUUGGAAUUUAUUUCCUACAAUUGGCGCUAAUGGACCAUGUCAAAUUCAUGUUAAUUUGGGUCAAGCGGGAUUUGUAUUUCUUGAAGCCAAUGUGAAGAAAUGGGGGUUAGCACCAUCUCAAGGGACCUUGGCUCCUCCACCCGCUUAUGGAUCUGAACAAGAUACAAUAUUAUUAGCAUCCACUAGUAGUAUUCAUCAAUUACAACUAAUACCUUCUUCUUCAUAUAGAUGUCCCAAUAGAAUUGAGAAUGAUGAUUAUUCUUUAAGGACCUAUCCUUCCUCAGCUGUAUUGAUUACAGUAAAUGAUAUAAAUCAUAGUCAAUCUAUAUCAGAGCCACCUCCUUACUCGUCACAAGAUAAUUUAUUAGAUUAGAAGAAGAAAUAGUUUACAAAUACCAUAUGAUAAUGCAUGCAUAUAUACCAUGUUAUACUGCUAUUUAUAUAAUGCUUGUUUCCUUUACUUUUUUAAUAAUAAUAAUAAUAAUAAUAAUAAAAUGAAGCAAUAUGUCUUUACAAAUUACUUUUUUAUAGAUACGUUUCCCUCUUAUUGAGUAUAUGCUAAAAUAAGAGCAGCAGAUGGAACUAAAUUUAAUUCUUUUA